UUCUAUUUCGUGUGUUGCAACUAUGGAUGAAAAGUGGGAAAUUACUGCAUUUGCCAUGAUCAAUGAUAGAAUAUCUAAGGAAAGGUUACUAAAAGAAAGAAGAAGUGAUGAGGGGAUAGGGAAGGAGUUGGACGCUGCCAAAACAACUACCUAA